CGUCAAUACCUAAACAUUUAUACUUGAACCCAACAAAUAACAUCAAUAUUUAACAUUUAUACUCAUAAAAUAAAUAAUAAAAUAAUUUUUAACAAUUAAAGUCACUAAAAUAAGAUUAUUUUACUUAGAGAUUCGUAUAUCGAUCAUGCCGGUCAUACCGGUGGUGUCACGCCGGUUUUAUGACCGGUACAGGUUGAACCAGGUACAACCGGUGUCACGCCGGCCGGCGUGACAACCCUUGGUAUGGGUGAUGGGAAUCGGGUAUGAGAGGGAUUUAUUUCCAAAAUCAAGAGGUGGGUGGAUCUUACGGUUUGGGUGGGGGUGGACCGAUGAGUUGGGUAAAUCUUUUUAUUAAUAUCUUGGAUUUGUGGAAUGCUAACUAAGUAAAGGAGACGGAAAUUCGGAUGGAAAGUGACGGAAUUACCAUUUUGAUAUUUGCUCAAAUUUUUGUUACCGAUUUUUUAUAAAUUAAAGAUUUGUUACCGUUUUGUACUAAAUGUAAAGGUUUGUGACCUUUUAUGUUAAUUACCCAAAAGGAAGGUGGUUGCAGUUCUCUUUUUGCUCAAGUAGUCACCAUCGAACAAACAAAGUGUGGAACUCCAUCUCCCUUACUUGAAUCCAUAGCAUACAAAAGAAAGAAAGUGAAGAAAUGGCAGGUAAAAAACACAACUGAUGCAGCUAGCAAAAGAAUCAAUCUCCAUUCUCCAGGCCUUCAUCUCAUGAUAGCUAAAGGGCAUAGAGGGCAGCAGCUGGUGGUAAAUGCAUGAUUAGAUUCCCAUACGCACUAAAAAAAAAGGAUUUUUACUGCUACUGCUGUUUUGCUAUUCCAUGGUUGUUUCAGGCCAGGCAUCCAGAUUCCCAUACCCAGUAGAAAGAAGCAAGUUUUGCACUCAUCAUUUUCACUACUGCAUCAAUCUUCUGUCUUUUUACUGUGUGUUUUUUCCCCCUCAAACCUUGUUGCUUCCUUUUCGUCUUUAAUGGGCUUUAUCCGGCCGCCUGCAGCUUGCUUUUAUCAUAAUCGGCUGCUGCUGUUCUUCAGUGCUCUCGAACUCUCGGCCCUUGUGAUUGUGGGAAUUUGGGCAUUUGGGAGAAGGGAAAAAGGGAACUGUGGCUGGGGGCUUUUUCCAGUUUGGGGAGGUUUUGUUACUGUCAAGCUAGCUAGCUAGUGUGUGUGUUUUGAUGUGUCAUUUUCCAUGUCAAAAGCAACAUUGGCAAUGGCGACUAUGAUUUCUACAGGAUGUAACUUGGGAUUAGUCAUCAUUUGUGGUUUUUGGGCUUUUGGCUGGGGUGGGUUGACAAUAUAAUGGGAUGGCAACAAUUGAACUGUGGGGUAAAAGAGUUUUGAUUGGAUAACAAUGAGCAUGUUGACGAAUCUAACACUCUAAAUUAUGAUUUUGAAAUUUAUAAACAUUAUGAAAUUGAUGUUUGCGAUUAUUAAAUUGUGAAAAUUGUGAAUAUAAAGUGUGGAUUUAUCUCGACAAGACAAUGGUUUCGUUGAUUAAUAUAAAUUCAAGUUCUAUCUUAUUUCUUAUAUGGAUAUUUUUUUCUUAUGAAAAGAUGAAUACAAUUUGUAAAGAAGAUCGUCCAAACACAUUUGAAAUGUUAUCUUAGAGAUUCUCUUUCAAGCUAAUCAUAGAGAUAGAGUAAUAUGGGGAAAAGAAAAUUGUUUCGAGCACCAAUAGAAACAAAGGCAUCUAUUGUGUUAAAGGAGAUAAGAACCGAUCAUUCACAUUUAAUUUAAGAAGUGGUACUUAAUUUUAAAUGUUUUUUAUGGGCAAUAUCAAUUUUUUUUUUAUUGAAGCUCAAUGCUAUCCACCUUUAACUAGGUGGAAGCAUUCUUAAUCAUUUACAAGAUGCUGCAGAUUCUGCAGAAACUACUAUUGUGUACUAACUACUAUCUAUCUCUACUCCACUAAUACUCUAACAUACUACAAAAACACCUUGAUACAAUCAUAAUGAAGAUUUACAUUGCCAAUUCUAGCUAAUUUAAUUAGCCUUCUAACCGUCCUUACUAUCUCACCAUUCGGUUUACCUUGUUCCCCAUGCAUCCUUGAGCAUCUUUCGCGCCAUACCAAACUUACAACUACAUUCCAGACCAACCUUCCCACUAAAGCUGUUGCUUUCUAGUGGAAUCAUGAAGAUUUUUCCUAUCCUAUCUUUUAUAUAUAUAUAUAUAGAAUAGUCAAUAUAAGUUCAUAGAGUUAUUCUAUCUAAGUGCAACAUGAAGAACAUAAGCUAAAUGGAAGGGGAAAAAGACUUGAGACAUAAAAGAGCAUAACAUGAAUGAUUCAAUGGAUUUUUAUUCACUAUUGACCUAAUUUCAGACUUUUUUAUUAGUACUAGCGAAAAUCCGCUCGCUAUCGCUUCGCAAAUUAGAAAAUAAAUAUUUUAAUGAGUAAUAGUUUUAAUGUUGACCCAAAAGUGAAAGUAAUCUUAUUUCAUUCUUAAUCAUUCUUUUCAUAGGUUUGUUAUUUACAAUAGCAUAUGAUUGAUGAACUUGCAUAAGGUAGAAGGGUUGUCGAAUAUAUUAUUUUAUGUUUAAACUUCUUUCAUGACGCUUCAAACUCGCUUAUGACCCCAAACUCUCUACACUACGUUCAACUCGCUUUGACCAGGUCGAUCUAACAAAUUCACAAUUUACCCAACUUGACAAUUACAAAAGAAGAUAAAACUCUCUCUCGAUACAAAACGCGUCAACAAUGGGUCAGAGUUCAAUUGUCUUUCUCAACGAAAAGGAAAAUGAGAAAUAAAAAAAUAUUAAAGCA